AUGUGGCUAUCAGAUACUCAAAAGAUUGGAGUUGGUUUAACAGCAUUCGGAACAUUAUUUAUGUUCCUUGGUGUUGUGUUAUUCUUUGAUGGUGGCUUAUUGGCAAUCGGAAAUAUACUAUUUUUAUCAGGAAUAUUAUUAAUUAUAGGAUUUGAUAAAACGAUUGCUUUUUUUUCACGUAAAGAUAAAAUUCGUGGAACCAUAUGUUUCUUUGGUGGGAUUGUAUUGGUAUUUGUUAAAUGGCCUUUCCUAGGAAUAAUUAUUGAACUUUUUGGGGUUUUCAAUUUAUUUGGUGAUUUUUUCCCAGUUAUAGUAAGAGUUCUUAGAAGAAUUCCUUUAAUUGGAAAUAUACUUAGUGCACCAGGAAUUGCACAGUUUGUAGAUAAAUUAACAGGUGCUAAAUUACCAGUAUAA